AUGCGUCCAAAAUUGCCGCUUACUGGCUACACCCUCGCUCUCAGCGGCACUUUUCCCGGCAACACACAUCCGACAGUCCAGAACAACAUCACCACUCUCGGCGGGAACGUCGCGAAAAGUGUGACUGCAGACACAGACAUCCUCAUUUCAACCCCGGCCGAUGUUAAUAGAAACUCGAAGAAAGUCCAAGACGCGCAAUCUAGCGGCAUUCCCAUUGUCUCCAUCGAUUGGCUGAACGAGGUCGCUCUCAGCGAAGAUGCGGUAUCAUCUGACGAUUUCUCACUCGUCGCCGGAUCAACGCCCACGACUAAUGUAAAAGGCAAGGGCAAAAAGCGUGCGGCAUCCCCUGACGACUCUAAUACCCUGACAUCGAAAGCUGCAAAGGUCGGCCCGCUAGAUACCGCACCAAAGCUCGAGCCCAAGGUCGGAGACGGAUCCGUAUUGAAGUCCAACAACGUAAACAUUCCACUCGAUGAAGGCUGUCCGCUACAGACGUACCAUGUCUACGUUGAUGAAGAGGGUGUCGUGUACGAUGCGGCUCUAAACAAAACCGAUGCUUCUGCGAACAACAACAAGUUCUAUCGUGUGCAGCUGCUAUGGAAUUCGAGCACAAAUGACUUUAAGACAUGGACGCGAUGGGGAAGGGUCGGCGACAGGGGCCAAAGCAAGACUCUGGGCACCGGAAGCUACAAUGAUGCCUUUUCGAACUUCAACAAGAAAUUCAAGGAAAAGAGCAAGCUUUCGUGGGACGAUCGGGGUGCGGAGCCAAAGAAAGGUGCCUAUGCCUACGUUGAACGCAGCUACGAGCCCGACACCGAAGAUGAGGAAGUCGAGGAAGUCACCACCAAUGGAUACGGUCGUCACUCUCGAAGUGUGUCACCCGCCAAGUCAAAUCUCGCUGUCCCUGUGCAGUCUCUCAUGCAGCUCAUCUUCAAUCAGCAAUAUAUGUACGAGGCUAUGAGCGACCUCAACUAUGAUGCAGAGAAGAUGCCCCUCGGCAAGCUGAGCAAGGCAACCAUCAACCGUGGUUUCCAGACACUCACUGCGUUAGCGACAUUGCUCAAGGAUGGCCUGUCGUCGCGGUUGGAAGUCGAAGAUCUGUCGAACAGGUAUUACUCCUUCAUACCGCACAACUUUGGUCGAUCACGUCCUCCAGUCAUAGGUGAUUCUGGCACGCUGAAACGCGAGAUCGACUUGCUAGACUCGCUGGGCGAUAUGAAGGCGGCCGCCGACUUAAUGAAGAAAGACCUUGACAGUGCAGAGAAGGUUCACACUCUAGAUCGCCAGUUCCAGAGCCUGGGUCUCGAGGAGAUGUCCGUCAUUGAUCCAUACAGCAACGAAUACCAGGAACUGGCCAACUAUCUGGUCAACACUAGGGGUGCAACUCAUGGCAUUGCCUAUCAGGUUGAGAACAUCUUCCGCAUUGAACGUCAGGGUGAAUUGGAUCGCUUCCAACAGAGCGAAUUUGCCAAAAUCAAGAGCGAUAGGCGACUACUCUGGCAUGGCUCUCGUGCGACAAACUUUGGCGGUAUCCUUAGUCAGGGUCUUCGAAUAGCACCGCCCGAAGCGCCAGUCUCAGGAUACAUGUUUGGCAAGGGUAUAUACCUUGCCGACAUGUCAUCCAAGUCGGCGAACUACUGCUGUUCACACAAUAGUGGUGGCCAUGCUCUUCUUCUACUCUGCGAAGCUGAGCUCGGACAACCCAUGUAUGUGCUGACACAAGCUUCAUAUACCGCUGGAGAAGAUGCCUAUGCGAUGGGCAACUGGUCAACUUGGGGCAAGGGUAUGACAGGACCGCAGGCAUGGAAAGAUGCGGAAUGCGUGCAUCCGUCUCUUCGUGGGGUGAAGAUGCCUGACACCACUAUACUUCCAGCCAACACCCAUGUUCUUGGCGCCUACCUACAGUACAACGAGUACAUCGCUUACGAUAUCGCCCAAGUGCGCCUCCGCUACCUGUUCCGUGUCCGCGUGUGA